AUGGCUGAUCCCGUCCUGCAGAUCGAAGACCUCAGCGUUCGCUUUCACCUCAAGCGCGGCAGGCUGACGGCUGUCGACCGUGUCUCCUUGACGGUGAACCGCAGCGAGACCUUCGGACUGGUCGGCGAAUCCGGCUCCGGGAAGACGGUCACGGCACGCGCCGUCAUGCGUCUCGUUCCCAUCCCCCCCGGCGAGAUUUUUCAUGGCCGCGUCCUGUUCGACGGCGAGAACGUGCUGGACAAGUCGGAAGCCGAAAUGCGCCAACUGCGCGGCAGGAAGAUCGCCAUGGUCUUUCAGGAGCCGAUGAGCGCCCUGAAUCCCGUCUUCACCGUUGGCAACCAGAUCUCAGACGCCCUGCGAACCAACCUCGGCAUGAGCAAAAGGGAGGCGAAGGAACGCGUCAUCGAGCUCCUGAACCUGGUUGGCAUCCCGUCGCCCGAAUCGCGCUACGGCAAUUACGUACAUGAAUUCAGCGGCGGCAUGCGACAGCGCGUCAUGCUGGCCAUGGCUCUCAGUUGCAAUCCUUCUUUCUUGAUUGCCGACGAACCCACCACCGCGCUCGACGUGACCAUUCAGGCCACCAUCCUCGAGCUCAUCCGGAGCAUGACCGAACGCUUUCACAUGUCGCUGAUUUUCAUCACGCACAACCUGGGCGUCGUCGCCCACACCUGCGACACCAUCGGCGUUAUGUACGCCUCUCACCUCGUCGAGCUCGGCACCAAGAACGAGAUUUUCGCCAAUCCGUUGCACCCCUACACGCAGGGUCUGCUGAACUCCAUUCCGCGCCUCGACACGCAGGCGAAAUUCCUGACGCCGAUCAAGGGUUUGGUGUGCAACAUGCUGGAACCGCCGCAGGGCUGCAAAUUCAACCCGCGCUACCCGCACCCUGAGGCCGUGGAUGAUAUCAGCUUCUUCAUCAAGCCCGGUGAAACGCUUGGAUUGGUGGGGGAAAGCGGUUGCGGCAAAUCUACCACGGCGCGCCUGAUUACCCGCUUAAUUGAGCCGAGUGGCGGCUCCAUCUACCUGAAAGAUGAAGAUCUGCUGUCGUUUCCACCCGAACGCAUGCUGGACGUGAGGAAGACCAUUCAACUGGUCUUUCAAGACCCGUACAGUUCCCUGAACCCGCGCAAAACCAUCAUGCAGAUUCUCAGCCGCCCGCUGGAGGUCCACAAUCUCGCCAAGGGUUGGACGGCCAAGCGUCGCCACGUGCUGCAUUUGCUGCGCCUGGUGGGCCUGGGCGUCGAGCACGCCGACCGCUAUCCGCAUGAGUUCAGCGGCGGCCAGCGGCAGCGCAUUGCCAUCGCCAGAGCCUUGGCCGUCAGCCCUCAACUGAUCAUCGGCGACGAACCCGUGUCAGCCCUGGAUGUCUCCAUUCAGGCGCAGAUUCUCAAUUUGUUCCGGGAGUUGCAGCAGGAGUUCAACCUGACCUAUCUGUUCAUCGCCCAUGACCUCAGCGUCAUCCGUCACAUCAGCGACCGGGUCGCGGUCAUGUAUGUCGGCAAGAUCGUCGAAACCGGCACGGUGGAAACUAUCUUCGAGAACCCCAAGCACCCCUACACGCACGCCCUGCUCAUGGCCGUGCCCCAUGCCGACCCGCUCAAGCCGCCGCCCCGCCUGACGCUGCAGGGCGAACUGGCCACCCCCGUCGAUCCGCCGCCGGGCUGCCGUCUGUACGGCAGAUGUCCCAUCGCUACCGACAUCUGCGGCGAGGUGUCGCCGGAAUUGGUCGACCGCGGCAAUGAGCAUUACGUCGCCUGCCACAAUAUCUAA